UCUCCAUGUCUAUAACGCCUGAAUAGGGGCCGGUUACCCUUAAAAACACCUCCCGGAAGGCAUUCCCCUAGGGCCUAGGCAGAUCGCCAAAGUAUUGCGUCGCCGUAACUACACAAACAAUCAAAAAAUGAUGAAGAUGGCAGAGGGCGCUUCAGUAUUUACAAACAUCGAUGAGUAACAUUCGUUACUUGCAGUAACAGGUACAUUUUUUAAAUCUCGAUAUUUGAUUGGUUAUCGAUAUCGUAUUUUUAUUUUUCAGACGUGAUUGGUAUAAAACGCGUUAAGACUUUAGAUAAACGAUACACGGUUACAGUUUUUUUCCCGUUUUGUGGAAUGGACGAAGCUUGUCCUUUAGGAGUGUUUCUCGUUAAAUCAGGAAGCAAAGGAGAUCGUUUACUCUUCAGAUUUCCCUAUUUGGCUGACGAAAAUCGAAAGUUAUCCGAAAGAAAAAAGAAAAAGAAUCCAUAUGCACUCAUUAUAUCUGAAGAUUAUUUAAGUGCAACGAGGAAUGCUCCAUGGCCAGAUCUCAGUGAUCAAACACUGAUUGGAAUACCAGAUAAAGUUCUUUCUAAUUUAUUUGCCGUGAAACCAGAGUUAUGUGGUAAAAAAUUUGAACUCAAAGUCAAUGAUGUCAGAUUUGUGGGUCAUCCGACACAAUUAUCUCCACCAUCUAAUAGAGAACCGUCAACUAUUCUGAGUUUUAACAUUGUGUUUGCUCUCAGGGCCAAUGCUAGCCAUUCAAUUGUUAAUUGUUAUCAUGAUAUUAGUAAAAGACUUACUAUAGCACUUCAUCAUGAAGAAAGACGUUGUGGAUAUGUUACUUCUCAGGCAAAAAUGAUGCUUUCUGCUCAUGAUGAUGUAGCUGCAUUACCAGAAGAUAGUGAAGAAUCUCCUUAUGGAAUAAUAUUAAGUAAAAGCCAAUUAGCUAAAGAUCUCAAAACUGCUUACAUGGACUUGAAAAAUAGGGGUUCUGUACAUUUAAAAAUUCAUAGUUGGAUAGAAGUCAGUUUUUGUUUACCAAAUAAAGUGCAUAAACUUCAUAAUAAAGAUAUAGAUAUUGAUCCUGAAGUUAUAGAACAAAGUUUGACAGCUUUAAGGCCCUAUCAUGGAAUGCUUCUUCUUGUUGAAGUAGAAGAACUUUUAGACUCAUUACCUCACGAUUCAUCACCUGCUUUAUAUCGACUUAUCAGAAUAACAAGUCCAUUAAAAAGUAUAGAACAGUUAGCUGCCGAUGCUGAUAUUUCAUUACCACACGUUUUUCAACUUGUUGGACACUUAGUAUAUUGGGCUAAAGCAAUGAUUAUAUAUCCCUUGUGUGAAAAUAAUGUAUAUAUAUUAUCUCCAACUGCUCCAACUAAUUUAAAAUUAAAAUUAUUUAGAAUUCUUAUUAAAGUUCCUAGUGAAGAGUCUCUGACAACAAGUCCCAAUCAGCGAACUCCAAUUUCAGAAAUAUCUUCAAAAGGUGGAUCAGAAGAAGAUCUUUCGUGUCACGAGAAAACAGAGAUUAUGCUAUUGUGUGGUCUCUCACCAUCAGAAAGAGAGAGUAUAUUGUCAGUACCAUCAGCUAACAACAUUGAUGAUCUGAAACUUUUUGCACGAUUAUGUAGAUAUUUUAGAGGAGGUCAUCAUUUAGAAGAAAUUAUGUAUUAUGAAAAUGUACGGAGAUCACAGCUUCAUACUCUCCUUGAUAAAUUUCGUGAUGUUCUAAUUACCUGUCCUCAUGAAGAUGCUGCAGUUGCUGCAUUUUAUGGAAAAACAUGAUAGUAAAUUUAUUUUUCUUUUGUUAUGUAAACAGCUUUUGUAGAUUGUGUUUCAUCUUUCUUUAAAAAUUUUAUAAGAAAAAAAAAUAACACAGAGAGAAUUCUUAACUAAAAGUAAGAUAAUUACUAAAUGAUCUGGCAGAUUAUUUAUCAGGCUAUAUAAUCUGGAGGAUCAUUUAGCAACACUAAUUGAAUCAGGUUAUUGUAUAUGUCAUUAUACAAGUAAGACAAUCUUUUCAAAUGGUUCUUUCUGCAUUGACUUAAACUGAAGGAAGAGAAAUUCAAUCAAAAUAUAAUUUUGAUUGAAAGGAAAAUAUAAAACCAAACUUUUACAGAUGACAAAUAUUCACUUUGCUAUCAUUUGUAUAUUUGAAUUUGAUAUGGAAGUUUUUAUAUAAAUUUCAUAAAAACACAUUUAAAAUGGGAUAUAUGUGGCUGUGUAAAUAUGUAAUUUGGACAGAUUGUCUGCUCUCAGACAUUGAUGUAUUAUAUUUUUAUACCAUAUUGGUAUAAUAUAAAUAGUAAUUUAUGAUUUUCUUUUUCUUAUUAUUUUGUAU